UGUCCUUGUGGCUCAGGUUUAGGGUUCUUGAGGACGGCAUGGCGAUCGCGCAGCAGCAGCGCCAAAUGCAGGAGAGCGAUGCCGCCAGGAAGAUCCGCAAGCCCUACACCAUCACCAAGUCGCGCGAGAACUGGGCGGAUGAAGAGCACGACAAAUUCCUCGAGGCGCUUCAUCUCUUCGAUCGAGAUUGGAAGAAGAUUGAGGCCUUCGUGGGCUCUAAAACCGUGAUACAGAUUCGCAGCCACGCGCAGAAGUAUUUCUUGAAGGUACAGAGAAACGGCACUGGAGAACACGUACCGCCUCCAAGGCCAAAGAGGAAAGCCGCACUACCAUAUCCUCAAAAAGCUCCGAAAGCCGUACCUUCGACUGUUGCGGUGGUCGAAAGAUCUCCGGAAAGUCCCAGCAGCAGCGGUAGUGAUGAUGCUUCUCCUGCGACACCGGCACCAAAUUUCGCAGCAGUCUAUCAAUUCCUUGGGAACGUCUUUGAUCCAAAUGCGUCUGGCCAUCUCAACGCUUUAGGUGGAAUGACUCCGAUCGAUCGCGAGACGGUCUUACUUCUCAUGAGGAACUUGACUGUCAACUUAUCCACCAACGAUAUGACUGAUCACCUAAAUUAUCUUUGUCCUCCCGUUGGAGUCUAAAUGGCUCGCUUUUAAAUUGGAUCCAGCAAGGUAAAAGGAAAAGUCUGAGCCCAUUUCUCGAGGCUUGCAACACAGGGUCUGGUGUACAUAUAAUCCGUUUUGCAUGGUUUAUGUAAAUCCCUAAACUAUGCCAUGGUAAAUAUUCUAAUUGAUGGUUAAAGCUUAUUUUUCAAA